AUGGGCGUUUAACCUUUGUGUUUGCAAUAACAUUAAUUCUUUUCUCUGAAUGAAUUUUGGUAAAAAUUGAGGCACUUAGUUUGCAAACUGAAGAAUUUUUACGAAAUUCGAUUCUGGAUUAGAUAUGACAUUCAAUGAUGUGAAUUGACUGGUGAAAUACAUUCAAAAUGGUGACCUUUGCUUAAGGUUCUUUAAAUCUGCUAGAAAAUAGAAAUUAGUGUUCAGAAAUCACUUUUGAAAGUGAAAAUGACUUCAAGAAGAUGGUUUUGGCCUACAAUCACUGGGAUUGAUGCUGAAAAAUUGUUGAUGGAAAGGGGAGUGGACUGCAGUUUUUUAGCAAGACCAAGUUCUAACAACCCUGGAGAUUUUACUCUUUCUGUCAGGAGAAAUGGAGAAGUUACCCAUAUUAGAAUUCAAAACUCGGGGGAUUUUCUGGAUCUUUAUGGUGGAGAGAAAUUCGCUACUCUUUCUGAAUUGGUGCAGCACUACAUGGAAAACCACGGACAACUGAAGGAAAAAAAUGGUGAAGUUAUUGAAUUGAAAUAUCCUGUCAUUUGUGCUGAUCCCACCACAGAAAGAUGGUUCCAUGGUCAUUUGUCGGGUAAAGAAGCAGAACGACUACUUCUAGAAAGGGGUAAAAACGGUAGUUUUUUAGUCAGAGAAAGUCAGUCUAAAUUGGGAGACUUCGUCUUGUCAGUAAGGACAGAUGAUAAGGUAACUCAUGUUAUGAUUCGAUGUACACCAGACAAUACAUAUGAUGUAGGGGGAGGAGAAAAAUUCAACAGUUUGGCAGACUUGAUCGAGCAUUACAAGAAAAAUCCAAUGGUAGAAACAACAGGAACUGUAGUGCACUUGAAACAACCCUUCAACGCUACCAGGAUAAAUGCUUCUGGUAUUCACUCUAGAGUGAAACAGUUACAGAGUGAAAAUGGUCCAAGUGGCCUCUACAAGGCUGGAUUCUGGGAAGAAUUCGAAUCCCUUCAACAACAAGAAUCCAAACUGCUAUAUUCUAGAGAUGAAGGCACAAGACCAGAGAAUAGAAAUAAGAAUAGAUAUAAGAAUAUAUUACCGUUCGAUAAUACAAGAGUAAAAUUAAGAGACGUGGAUCCUAAUGUUGUGGGAUCAGAUUAUAUCAACGCAAAUUACAUUAGAUGGAAAAACGACGACUCAAUAGGGGAUAUGGGUGGAGACCCUAGCGGAAAAACAUACAUUGCCACUCAGGGUUGUCUACCAAGUACUGUUGGCGACUUUUGGCAUAUGGUCUGGCAAGAAAAUUGCCGUGUGAUAGUAAUGACUACCAAAGAAACAGAAAGGGGAAAAAAUAAAUGCGCGAGGUAUUGGCCAGAUAAGGGCGAUACAAAAAUAUAUGGGAAGACUGUAGUCAAGAACAUAACAGAAUCAUCUACUCUUCAUUAUACACUCAGAGAAUUCUUGGUCAGCGUGGAGGGAAGUGCCUGUGAGAGAAAAGUUUAUCAUUAUCAUUUCCAGGCUUGGCCUGAUCAUGGAGUCCCCUCAGAUCCUGGAUGUGUUUUGAACUUUCUGCAUGAAGUCAACAGACAACAAGAAAACUUACAACUAGAACUUCCACCAAAUCAACCACCAGGCGCUAUAUUGGUCCAUUGCUCUGCUGGCAUAGGGCGAACAGGAACGUUUAUAGUCAUAGACAUGAUCCUAGAUCAACUGAAAAAAUAUGGACUGGACUGUGAAAUAGAUAUACAAAGAACGGUACAAAUGGUUAGAUCUCAAAGAUCGGGUAUGGUACAAACUGAAGCACAGUAUAAAUUCGUCUAUCUGGCUGUACAACACCACAUAGAAACAAUAACUGAAAGAAGAAAGGCUGAACAGAAAUCACUCCAGAUGGGUAGAGAAUACACAAACAUAAGAUAUAGUUGCCAUAGUAAUCACUUGUCUUCUGGAAGCAGUGGAAUAGGAAGCAUAACGUCCCUUUCCUCCAUUAAUAGUGUUCCUUCAACACCAACUGCUGCUGUAACUAUGAGAAACGAAAUUAGGAAAGGUCCAAGAGUUGUUUCAGACUUUUGUUUGCCUAGGCCUCCAGAUGAUUUAGUCAAACCCUCUGUUUACGAAAACAUUCCUGUCUGUGAUCGAAAACAUUCAGGACCAGGUAAUGGAUCGACCUUAGGUUCGUUAAUUUUACCUGCUCCUCCUCCGCCUCCUAGAAAGGCGACGUGACAUCGAGAUUCAACUCAAUGGUGUUCCAGAUUCACUUCAUGUACCUUCUCAAUGUGCUAGGCAAACUUUAAGUAUAAUCGGAAAACAAAGCAAGAAUCUAUUUCUAUGCGAAAUUCCUACCGAUUCCUGAACAAUUUCACUGGUUUUUAUUAGAAUUAUUUAUGUAAAAAAAAAUUAUGAAAAUUAAUUUUCAUGAAUGAAAAGUAGCAGGUGAUACUUUUUUCACUUAGCCAAAUCUAAAAAUGACUUUCCCCACAUUAAUUUCAUUUAUAACGAAUGGAGCAAUGACUUGAGUGAAUAAUACAAGUUUCAUUCAAUAUACUUUUUCCUAUAUAGUAUUUCAAAUAACAACUCACGACAGUAUUUUUAAUUUUCUCAUUGAAAUGUCUAUUCUAGAUGUUCUCCUUAAUAAUCCUCAAGUAUUUCAAGUUGCAAAGUUGAAAUCUAAAAUUCAGAUGUUUAUUGUAGUAAUUGAAGUUUCAAAGGAAUAUAUGUGGAGUAGAGUAAUGACUAGUAAUGUUAAUAUAUAUGCUCUAUAGCUAUAUUAGAGAAAUUGCAGUCAGAAAUCUACAAAAUGUUUGUGUAAAUAAUUAAUGUUCGCUGUUUUCUAUUUUGGAAAAUGCUGGCAUUAAAAUUGUUUUAUAACUGCAGAAAUCAUUCCUCCAAAUCUUUGGUGCUGUACUUCAGUUGAGAAUAUUUAAUUAUAUAUAUGAAAUAUUUUUAGAAGUCAGCCUAAAUCUUGUCCAUUUUUGAAUUUUAUAAUGUGAAUAAUAUUGUGAUUUCUAUAAAUAAGUUGAAUCCUAAAAGUUUUAAAAUACGAAUAAUUUAUUAGUCAAAAGUUUCCUAUAGUGGAAGUGAUUUUAAAAGAUACGUCUGGUAUAUCCAUUUUAUCAUUUUUCUCACAUUGGUAUCAUUUCUGAUUGUAUUAAAAAUUGGCGAUCAAUUGUUCAAAAUGUAAAUUUUUAUGUCCACAUUCUUGGAUCAAUAUUUUAGAGUUUUGUUCCGCUGAUGAAAUCUUGAAGUGUUUUCUUGAGACAUUGCAUUUUUAUGAAUAUAAUUAUUUCACUUCUGGGCUAGUCACAUCAUAAUAUAUAUAUGUUAUUUAUAAAACAUCAUUGAAGAAUAUUAUAAUAUUCUGAGUUAUGUCUAAGGUUUUAUUCUUUUAUAAUUUAAGCUAUUUUAUUCUACUUGAAUACCAAAAUAAAUAAUUUUUGAUAUAUUUCCAAAAACUUCUUCAUAUUUAUGUGAUAAGAGGCGUGUUUAUUUUCACAUCUUAUCAAUCAAAAUCUAUAACAGAUAUAUUACUAUUUGAAUAUAAGAGUGAGAAAUAAUCAAACAAAAUAAUAAUUUUUUAUAUGCAAAAUUUUAUAUUCUGAGUAUUUAAGUAAAAAUUAUUGUAGUAAGACUCAUUCUUGGUUAUGUAAGCACUCCAUAAAUAAAUGAAUAUUUGUCUCAGUAAGCUAUUGCAUCUUACAAUCAGUAAUUUACUUGAUUUUCGACUAAAAACGAAAAACCAGCAAUGACAAAGUUAGGAAUCACUCUUUUGAUAAGUUAUGACAUAAUUAUCAAUAUUGUAGUGUUAUCAUUACGAACCAUUUUUGAAUUCCUUAUUACGCAUCAUUUUUAUUCGCUUUCUUUCUUCUUUAAUUUGAUUCAUAGUUAAAAGUUAGUUUGAAUUAAAGAACAUUCCCGAUGUUCAUUUUCAAUUAUCUGUUUGAAAUUUUAGUAGUUUCUGUAUAUGUAUAUACAUCUACAAAUUUGAUACUUAUAUUAUUUGUAUAUUUUGCGACUGACGUAGGUUGUCUUUUUUAUGUUAGGAUAAAGCCUUAAUUGCUUUAGAAGUUCUCAUGAACUUUGGUGCUAUUGCUUUUUUAUAUUUGUUCAUUGUUAAUUGUCCUUUAUGUAUAAAUUGCAAAUCCUGGUUGAAAUAUAAUUCUACCAAUUUU